GCUUGAAAAUGCACAGAUUUUUCUGUAGGGAAUCCCAUUCUAUGCUGUCCGCGGAGGGUUCGUCGACCUGUCAAUCUCAAAAGAAAAGAACAUGGCUCGUGAAUUUAUGACGUCCCUUGUCCGCUCUUUGCAUUCGCCAUGAAAAACAAUGCCUUAGGACUUAUGAAACAGUCUCAAAUAUUUUUGUCCCAUCCGUAGCUAGUCAUGGGGUGUAUUUCGACUGGGACUAUUACACAAGGACAAAAUAGCGAUAUCGACUGGAAGGGAAUAGAAAGACCGAUUCUUUGAACCUUUGAACUCGAACUAAAACUGCAAUUUUACUCCCUAUAUCUCGAACUCGAUCUAAAUUCUCAGACCAAUGGUCCUUUCAGCCUUGGAGGUACGAGACAUUGGAAUUUCAUUAUUACAUAUCAAACCCGCGUAAUCAGGCUUAUCAGGCCAAUUAUAGUUUGAAAACAGGUGGUGAAAAGACGCCGAACUGUCAAUCACAAACGUAAUUAAUUGGCAACAGUUCACUUACCUUUUUUUGUAAAUUUGUUCUGACGUUUUCUUUUCUAUUCUCAAAAGUAUGACGUAUUUAUUCCUUUUUCGUCAUGACCAGUCUAAGCUACUUUUGUUAACAACUUAUCCUUAGUUUGAUUAGUUUGUUCUUAUCGACCAAUCAGAUUGCAGUUUUGGAUUAAACAGAAGCAAAGGUCAACACUGACGUCUCAGGCUGACUUAACAAUUAAAAUAGGUUGCUUUUAACGACCAAAAAUUCUCAAGUACACGAGUAAGGUUAAUUAAACUCAAAAUGCCGAACAAUUUUGGACGCUAUGAAAAUUCCAUUGUGCUCUGAUGAUACGUCAAGAUUGGAACUUUUUAAGUGAUAAAAAAUUGUUUGAUUGAAUAAAUCUUGAGGGCAUAAUUAGAUCAAAGGCACUUCAGCGUUUCCAGUGUGAUAAGGAAUUUAGCCCGCGUUUAGAAAAGUAAAUAAGUUUUGUAUAUACUGCAAAUACAGGUUCGAAGUUUAGAAAUAUGUGAAAAUGGCCGGUUCAACUGAAACGUGUUUUCUCGUUCACUGUCUUUCGUGGAUCAUCUUGUUGACACUUUAUGGUGUGCUAUCAAAAGAUUGCCAAAAGCCACUUGGACUAGCAGAUGGACGAAUCAAUGACAGUCAGAUAAUCGCUAACUCAGUGUAUCAAAACAACUACGCAUUGUACGGCCCCGGUCGCGCGAGACUGAACGGCACUGGCGGCUACCGUGCUCAGCCUAAGCUUAAUGACUCAUCCCUGACAGUGAACUUUGAGCAGCCUAUGAUUAUAACUGGAGUGGCAACUCAAGGCUACUUUGGUGGAAAUGUACAGGAGUGGACAAAAUCAUAUCAUUUAGGAUAUGUGUUUGGAUCGUAUACGUUUUUCUUCAAAGAGAAAAACAGAGAUGUUGCUAAGCAAUUUCAGGGAAACCUUGACAAUAACACUGUUGUACGUCAUUACGUUCCAAGGCCAGCCAUGGUAAAAUCUGUUCACAUUAUUCCUAUUGAGUGGGAGACAAACUUUGCCAUCCGGCUUGAAUUGUAUGGAUGCAUUGCUGAUGGCAAUGAAUGUGAAAGCUUUCCAUGUCAGAACAAUGGUACUUGCUGGGAGAAAAUCCGAGGAUACCAAUGUAACUGUUCGACAGGAUUCAAUGGCACGCACUGUGAAAUAAACAUUGAUGAUUGUGCCAGUAAUCCAUGUCAGAAUGGUGGGAGUUGCAUAGACCUGGUGAAUGAUUUUAAAUGCACUGGUUGUAUGUCUGGGUACACUGGAAAGAAAUGCGAUGAAGAAAUAGAUGAAUGUGCAACAGAUCCUUGCUUGAACAAUGGCACUUGCAUAGACUUGUUCAACAGCUAUUUUUGCAAUUGUUUCGCUGGAUACAAUGGAUCACGCUGUGAAAUAGAUAUCAAUGAAUGCGACCCUAACCCUUGCGUUAAUGGAACAUGUGUUGAUCUCAUAAAUGACUUCAGCUGUAACUGCACUCCUGGUUUUACUGGGAAGCACUGUGACAUUGAGAUUAAUGAAUGUUCAAUCAACCCUUGUCAACAUGGUGGAACUUGUACAGAUCUUAUUAACGGAUUUAGAUGUAGUUGUUCUUUGGGAUUUGGAGGACCUACAUGCCGGGAAGAUACGGGAUUCUUCCUAGUGAUGUGGCUUAAGCUGAAGAACAUGACAUUCACACUUCCUCUUAUGAACGAAAGUUCCUCUCUAUACCAGAAGACACGAGAUGAUGUCAUAAAUGAGGUGGAUAACCACUUGCUGUUUGCUGAGAAAGAUCAAUUCUUUGGUUCAGCGUUACGAAUGUUCAGUCCAUCAGGAAGGAAUUUAGAAGUGAUCGCAGAAAUUCUUCUCAGGACUCUUAUGAACAGCACAAAUCAUAUCAUGAACGUUGUCACCCAAAAGUUGAAGUCUCAUUCGGGGAUCUUUCAUAGCAAUUACAAGGCUUUUGGAAACCGAGGUAAUCCUAUUUGCAGCCCGCCAAACAUUUCGCUUCCCCUCUCCACCGAUGUCACAAAAGCAACUAAAAUGAAAAAAUCAGAGGACUUUGUUUUUCUGGUGGAAGUAGCCAUAAAUUGCCGCAUCACUGGCCAACAUCACAUGUUAUACAACAGUGAGACGUUCGCCAUCGAUCUGAUAUCAGGGUCUUUACGCCGUUUAGCAAUCCGAAUAGGGACGACUGUUGCUGACAUCAAAACGACCAUCCGGGGCAGCGAAUAUGAUUACGGUCAUUACCUGUUCAGGAUUAGUGGGAAUAUCGAAAGACAAACUGCGACGAUGACCAGCAGCUUUGGUUACAUAGAGGUGACGUCGACUAAUCUAGUAGCAAAUAUCACAGGUGCAAACGAAGCCUCUCAAGGCCUUAAUGAGACACUGAUUCUCAAUGGAACAUUGUCGCAUGACCCGGAUGUUGGGCUAGGUAAAUACACUGGGCUCGAAUUUACGUGGCUUUGUAGAAGAAACAACGAGAAAUUCCCGAAUAAUAUCACAGCGCUUCCUUACGUGUUUCCUCAGUCCGGGUCAACAAGUCUGCUGGGGCAAGAUGAAGGAGGUUGUUAUGGAACUGGAAUGGGAAAGUUGAAACCUCGGGAUGCCAUGGCGUACAUUAUUGGUCUUAAUGUGGACAAAAUGAAAGGAGACGAGGAUUACGUUAUCAAGCUGAUAAUGAGAAAGAGGGGACUAACAGCUUAUGCUGUACAUCAUGUGCGGAUUAAAGAGGAGAUCAAUUUAAAAAUAGUCUGUACUCAAAACUGUGAACGUCACGUCAUCCUGUCGUCGAGGCUCAUUCUGGAAACACGUUGCACUGGGCUACUGUGCGGCAAGAUCGAUUUAUACACUUGGUCGGUAAGAUAUCGGGAAAAAGAUGACCCACGCUGGCAGGAAAUAACCAACCUGGAUGAAAUAGUGCUCACAUACAUGAAUUCUCCCAACUUAGUCACGGAGCAAAGCAAAUUACGCGGCAAUGCAACUUAUCAAGUCACAGUAAGCGGCGAAACCUCACAAGGGCAUAACUCCAUUGGGACCUAUUCGUUCGUCACGAAUUCGCCCCCAAGCGGUGGUAUAUGCAGAGCUGACAAACCUCAGGGAAAGGCCUGGGAAACAAACUUCGUGAUCAGCUGUAUCGGUUGGAAAGACGAUAACCUUCCGCUCAAAUUCCAGUUUAGUUACAACACCAGUGAUGGCAUUGAAAUGAUUUUCCAGUCUGGGAAUUCAAGUACAGCUACAGGAAAAUUACCAGUUGGAGAUUCCAACAUGGAUUACAAACUAGACAUAAGAAUCCUAGUUAUUGAUGCACUCGGUUCUUCAGUGGAUAAGUGGAUUAAUUUAAAAGUUACUGAACCGGAAAUAAGCAUCGAAAGACUGAGGAAGGACGUAUCCGAAGAUGGACCAAUGAACGAAUAUCUAAAAGACAACAACAUCGAAAUGGCGGCCCAAAGUGCCACUUCUGUGCUGUCAGUUGUGAAUCACGCCCCCAUUAGAAACAUAAAGCUUAAAGACAAGAUAAAGAUCAAAGAUUCUAUUGUUGACGCGUGGUCAGCGGUAAACGUUUCCGACUUGCAGCAAGUGUCCCAGGUGUCAGCGGUUGUUGCUAGCGUGGCGGACAAAAGAAACGAACUUUCAAUUGAGUCCCAGGAAAAAGCAGUCGUUAUUCUGGAUUCCAUGGCCGAUUUUAUGAACCAACAGGUAAACAACAAAUCAAACUACGUCUCUGAGGAACUUGUUGAACAUGUUGGCACAUCGCUGUUGAAUGGUUUGGGAAACUUAUUGGAAAUUACUUCUCAUGAAGCCAAAGAGGACAUCAGUGGAGAGGAGAUGCCACCCGUUAUAAUAACCAAUGAACGGAGACAAAAGAGCCAAUCGUUCACUAAAGAAAUCCUUCGUCUUGUUAACCGUGUUGGCAAUAAUGUGGACCACACAAAAGAGCUGUAUGAAAGACCUAGCGUGCUUAAAACCAGGUCCCUGUCUAUGGUGCUUGACCGUCAAGUUCCCUCGAGAAUAGGAAACAAGGCUUUAGAAUACCAGGGCUCCAAAGUUACACUUCCAUCUCCUCAAGAGCUGAUAGGAGACGAUGGCAAAAACCAGGAAUAUCUUUCCACUCAGCUUCUAACGUUCAGGUCGAAUCCUUAUACUUGGGACAAGGGUGCCAGCGACAUUAAAUCUUCUGUCCUUGACUUUGAGCUUAAAGACGAGAGUGGCAACCCAUUGAAUGUCUCAAACCUCUCUCAGGAGAUUGAACUCUUCAUUGCGCCACUGGAGAAACCUCAUCUUAAAGAGCCUCAGAGAUAUUUCGUGAAACCGAGCGACAAUGGGACUAUGCAAUUUCACAAGAUUGUGUUUCCUGGCCCCGAAUACGCUAUAUCGAUCAGAAUCGUGCCUUUUAGCAACGUAACUCUCACUCUGUACGUACGAUAUGCGGAGAGGCCAACUCUGGAACUUAACGACUUUACUUCUUCCAUUCCGAAUAAUAGGUCUUGCAGCCUGUAUUCCUUGGAAAAGAAUACCACAAACUGCAGCACGGACCCUUUCACGGUAACUCUUUCAGCCGCUGUCACUGGUCAUACGGGAGUUCACUAUGUGGGUAUUGUAAUUGGAGAGCAUGUCAAUAAAACAAGUAACAAUGGAACCUCACCAGAUCACGUGAGACGAGUUAGGAGAGGAUGCUUCCGCAACGGACGUCAAAAGAGAUCUUGUGUCGGCGUCAAAGAUCCCCCAACCACUCCUCCCCCAAUACUACUUAUCAAACCUUCUUUCAACUCAAGUACAGAUGUCAAUUAUACAUUGUCUGUAUCCAUGGCCACAUGUCAAUAUUGGAAUGUAACAGCAGAUGCUUGGUCAACGGAGGGAUGCAGGGUGGGACCCAAGUCAACGCCAGAAGCACUACAGUGUCUUUGUAAUCACCUGUCUUCUUUUGGCGGGAACUUUUUCGUCGCACCAAAUCCUAUAGACUUUGACUACGUGUUCAAACAGUUUCCCAAAAUUUUUGAGUCCGGAAAUGUUGUUGUCUUGGCAACGGUAUUAUCCAUGUUUGGUUUGUGGAUUAUUGGUGUCAUCAUCGCCAGACGAGCUGAUAGAGGGGAUGAGUACAAAGCAGUUGAAAAUCUUCGUCUCCAAGCAGGAGGUGAACACCUGUAUGAAGUGUCUGUGUACACUGGAAUGUGGAAAGGUUCUGGCACAUCCGCAAACGUCGCCAUGAUUGUGUACGGCGAGGAAACAAGAAGCGAAACUCUACGAUUGUUCGACAACUACAGAAACAAAAAGCUGUUUGCAAGAGCCAGCAUAAACACCUUUGUUGUAUCUUUGCCAGAUAGUUUGCAUUCUCCAAUCAUGAUCAAACUAUGGCACGAUAAUUUAGGGUCUUCUCCUUCCUGGUACGUCAACCAGGUCGUUAUUAAAAACCUGGAGACGGAGGAAAAAUGGUACUUCUUGUGCAGCAGAUGGCUUGCAGUUGACAAAGAAGACGGCAAAGUGGAAGCAGAUAUUCCACUUGCGAGCAAAAGCGACUUGUCAAGCUUUAAGUAUCAAUUCUAUACCCGCGUGUCAAAGAGUUUGGGUGAUGGCCAUAUAUGGCUCUCAGUGGUGACCAGGCCACCGCAUAGUCCUUUCACGCGUGCACAGAGACUUUCUUGCUGUGUAUGUGUGCUCUUGUGCGCCAUGCUGGCAGGAGCAAUGUUUUAUCAGUUUGGCGAAAAGCAGGAAGACACGGUUAAGUUUGGUCCUUUGCGAUUCAGUUUAAAGCAGCUGCUAAUAGGGGUCCAGAGUGCGGUUAUUGUUGUGCCACUGAACUUGCUUAUCGUUGCCAUUUUCCGCAACAUAAAGCCUCCGUAUAGUAACAUCGAAAAGUAUCAUCAAGAAGAACGCGAAGCAUCAAGAGGGAACGUUGCAGAUUCACUUAAAAACAAAAAGGCUAAGACUCCAGGAUGUCUUCCUCAUUUCUUUGUGUAUAUCGGUUGGCUGCUUUGCAUUCUUGCGUCAGUAACAGCUGGAACCUUUGUUAUAUUCUACAGUGUUCAAUGGGGCAAAGAAAUAUCAAACCAAUGGCUCACUUCAGCUUUGAUCUCAUUCUUCCAAGACGUAGCACUCAUGCAGCCCAUAAAAGUCAUUGCUGUAGCUUUACUCCUCGCUCUAAUCCUCAAGAAACCACCCGAAGAGAAAACUGCUCAAUCGGUGAAGAAUUCUGCCUUAGAGGUCAACACAAAUGUAAAUGUUGUGGCGCCCACAGGAGAAGAACUCCUUGUGGCACGAAAAUACCGGGAAAAUAUAGUGGAGACUAUCAGCAACCUCGUGGAGAUUGUGCUGUUCUUGAUUUUCGUCAUUUGCCUUUUUGUGAUUGUGUAUGGAAAUCGCGGGUACAGUCGAUACAGACUUACUUUGAAUUUGGAAGACUUGCUGAAAGAUUCAUUUGAAGAGGUCGAUUCAAAAGAUGCCUUCUGGGAGUGGAUUGAGGAAGAGUUUAUUCCAGGUAUCUAUGAUACCAGCUGGUACAAUGGCCAGCGGUUUAUUGCACCAGAGGGUUAUAUCAGCACCAGGGAGGCCUUCUUAGUUGGCAUGCCAAGGUUGAAACAAGUCAGAGUCAAGGAAGAAAACCCAUGUCAGGUUGCAACAAAGUACCUGCCGUUGGACGGGAUGUUCAAGAGAUGCAUUCCCGCGUAUUCAGCCCAUGACGAAGAUACCACACGCUAUAACCUUCCUGGGUGGAUACCGGUGACAAAUAUCAGUAGAUUCCACUCGAUAUAUGAUGUGCGGAGAUUGUGCCCCAAACCAUGGCGUUAUAACUCUUCACAGGAGCUUAACACCUUGUCCUAUUAUGGAAAACACACGAGAUACGACGGAGGAGGGUAUAUUGCAGAUCUGGGAUACGACUCGCGAACUGCUUCAAGAGUUGUUAUUAACCUUAAAAGCAACGAUUGGAUCGAUGACAGAACCGCGGCUAUUCUUAUAGAAUUCACCAUUUUCCAGCCGUCGACCUCAUUAUUCAGCGUGGCAAAACUUCUUUACGAAGUUUAUCCCACUGGAAAACCAGUCAGCCAAGCGCGAUUCGAUACCCUUUCUAUAUAUGGUACCUCUGACCCCAGCAUUCACUCUUUCUUUGUGGCUUGCCAAAUUAUUCUGUUACUUUUGAUUGGUUACUUUCUGUUGCUGGAAGUUGUGAAGAUCUACCGCCAAAAUUGUUCAUACUUCCGCUCAUUCUGGAACUGGAUGAAUCUAUUCCAGCUUAUUUUCGCCAUAACAACAAUAGCCUUCUUUUUCUUUAAGGAAAAGUACGUGUCUUCAUUUGUAAAGGAAGUUCAGGAAAAUCCCUUUGAGACUGCCAGUGCCGACCAUUUGCUGUUCUGGUCCGAUAUGGAGAUGAUUGUGCUCUCGGUCGUUGUGUUUAUUGUCACAGUGAAAUUCUUAAGAAUAAUCAGAUUCAACAGGCACGUUUGUCAAAUGGUGUCCUCGCUUAAGCUAUCAGCACCUCACAUCACCUCGUAUUCUGUCUUAUUCUUCGUGAAUAUACUUUCGUUUACCCUGUUUGGAGUACUCGUGUUUGGCAAUGACAUGGAAUCGUACCAUUCAUUCAUUGAGGCCUUGGUCACGCUGAUUCAAAAAUUCCUCGGAGGAAACUUGUACUUCUAUGAGCUGCAAUCUUCCAACCGUAUUCUAGGCCCCAUCUUUGUAUUUGGCUACAUGUUCAGCAUGGCUUUUAUCCUCAUCAACAUGUUCGUGGCAAUUCUAAACGAGUCCUACGAAAGUGUCAAGGAAUUGUCUGGUGGAAAAUUCGCGGACGCAGAGCUAGGACAUUUUAUUAAGCAAUACUAUUUAGCGCGAUUUCUACGCUUGCAUGAAGUCUUAAAGCGAAAGCUUGCCACUACUGGCUAUCGACAUAAGUUCUACGACCGACCCAAGAUUGAAAAAAAGUCAAAACUACGGGAGGAGUAUGUUGGGAGCUUUUUGUCUCUGCCUUCUGACUAUCCGCCAUUCGUCGAACCGUGGGAAUGUCUUGAUACUUCAUCGCAACUCACAUUAAUAGACAACGAAGUUACUGUAGACGAAACAGAAGCGAUUCUGCUAGGCGCAGAAGCUUUCCCGUCAAGAGAUGAAUCAAUUGAAUUAUCCACGGAUGAGCCAGAUACAGCCAGUACACCUUCAGACGCUUCUAGUGGUGGCUGCAGAGCAGAACUCUUAGACUUGUUAGGCGAACUUCCUCCGUCUGUGGUGGCGCCUUCAUUCGCCUGUAGUAGUACUUGUUCAAAUGCGGAGUUCUUGGAUUUGCUAGGAGAUCUGCCCGAGUCUAUGGUGGAUGAUGACGAGACGAUCGACAAUGUUCGUAAAGGACUUGCUGAUGUAGGUGCGGUUUUGAGACUUGAUAAGCGCACUUUCAGGAGGUUCUCAACCACUGGGGAUAAGUACAUUGUGCAGACAAACUUUAACAUGGGACCUUCAGUUGCUUUGAAUUUUAGAGCAAGGCCAGAUCCAACAGGAAGAGCUGCAAUCACCAAAUGAUCAAACGGUCACAAAAAGUAGAUAUUGCUUUUUUUUUUUGAGUGCCGAGCUUGAUAACAUUUGUAUUGAAAUAUUUUUAGUCCAGCGAUUUUAAGUAAUUUGCAAGAUUCCAAGCUUAGACCCCAUCCACUGGUUGAGCUAGGUGGAUUUUGGUUCAUUUUUGUUUUUUGUUUUCAUCAUCUGUUGGUUGUUGUUGCAAUUAUGAUUGACGUCAGAACAAAAUCAAUGUUUAGUUUUGUUUUGAGCUUCAAAGCUAGCGGGUUAUUUAAAAUGGUUACAACAAGCAGAUGUCAGUUCCUUUAUACGUCACUGAAAAUUUUAACAAUGAAUAGUAUCACAGCCCUUUGUGGAGGGGAUCGGGCAUCGAUAAAUCUGUCUACCCGUGUCUUUAUUGAAAGCAGAGUUUAACUAAUAAAAGCGCGAUAGAUUUUGAUCUUUACAGUUUUAAACACCACGGUGAGGAAUAGAAAGGAUAAUAACGAUGCCGGCUUGUUGUUUAUUUCUUUUCGCCGUUCAUCCCUAAAUAAUCAGGACGACGGGUGUUGCAAGUACAUGAGAGGAGUUCGAGAUGAAUCGGCUCCAGCGCGACCCAGUUACUUAUCCAAUAUUUCGUGGUCUGCUAUUUCUAUGAACUGAUGGAAACUUAGACCAAAAUUAAUGACUGAGCAGUAACAGAACGCCGCACACGUCAUGAUAUCUAAUAGUUGUUUUAAUCAAAUUGCUUUUCUAGAAAUAAUUUCAGGAAUCGAUCUCACUAUUUUUCUUUAAAAGUCAAAUUUGUCAAAAAAAACUUUAGAUUUUAAAUAAUGCUUUUGUAAUAUAAAGUUAUUUCAGAAAUUUGAAAGCAACUGCAACAGCAUUAAAAGUCAAACGAAUCGCAAUAUGAA